UCCCCUUCUUCUUGUCACUUUCUUUCAAGUACAUUUGCAUAUAUUAUAAAAAGACGAGUUUUCCUUUUUGUCUUCUUCUGGCAAAGUUUGAAGCAACGGUUUAUCUGUUUCCUUUUUCCAGAGGACGAAAAGAAAGGGGGCUGCUACUCUCCUCAAUUUGAUGGUGAUAAUCUUGCAUCAGAAGUUAAGCUUGAUCAUCUAGGUACUUCAUCUUCCUGCUAUACCGGGAAUCUGGUUUCCAACCCGCAGAAUAUAGGACUUUCUGCAAGUAUGGAGCCAUCAGGGUCAGAAACUGAAAUGCAACAUAAGGGAACCAUCUGUUCUAAAGAUGUUUUUGGUGGAACUCCUGAAGCUCUCGGGACUCCUGCUCAAGCAAAAGUGCUGCCUCAGAAUGAUAGGCAGCAGAGGAUAUCAGUUGCAGAUGUGAUGUGUUCAACAUGCAAGCAACUGCUUUUUCAUCCUGUUGUUCUUAACUGUGGUCAUGUAUACUGUGAGUCUUGCAUCAAGAACUCAGCUGAUGAGAUGCUUAUAUGCCAAAUUUGUCAACUUCCACAUCCAAGGGGAUUUCCAAGAGUUUGUUUGGAGCUUGAUAACUUUAUAAAGGAAGAAUUUCCUGAGGAAUAUGCAAAGCAAAGAGAUGCUGUUCAACUUAGGCAUAUCAACGAUAAACCUGAUACCCCUUCUUGUUCACUGAAUAAUGAUGGCGGAGGAAGAGCAGCAUUGUGGUCUGAUCCUCACUCAAAAGUACAUGUUGGAGUUGGUUGUGAUUUUUGUGGGAUGUUUCCAAUUGUUGGGGAUAGAUACAGAUGCAAAGACUGUAAGGAGAAGAUUGGUUUUGAUCUUUGUGCGGACUGUUAUAAAAUUCGCAGCAAGAUUCCGGGUCGGUUCAAUCAGCAGCACACUCCAGAUCACGAGUUUGAGCUUGAACAAAUCAGCAUUAUCCAUAACAUAAUGAGACUGGUUACUGGACAGUUAGGAGAUGGUUCCAUUGAAAACUUGCCUAUGGAAAGCUUAGGAUUUAGACCUGAAGAUCCCAAUUUGGUGGUUGAUGCUGAUGGAGAACAUAACCAGAAUGACUCUGGCGGCACCAAUUGAGGAGUUGAAUUGACAAAAAUCCCAACUUCAUCUGCCGCUGUUUUGGUUGGGAAUCACUCACUAGUUUAUUUGGAAAAUGGCAGUUGAGGAACCAUCAGUAAAAUUAAGUUCUGUUUUUUUUUCUUUUUUUAAACGUGAGGAUCCAAAGUUUGAAGACAUCUUUGUUAACUUAUAUAUUAAAAGUGCUCAGUCUGGUUGUAUGAUGUUGAAGAAUUAUGAGUCAAGAAUGUUAUCAUAUGGUUUAUCUAAUACUGUUCUAUAUAUUCACCUUCAGUUUGGUGUCUUUGGAUUC